GCGCCCCUUAAUAAGAACAGCCGGCAAUGCUGGGCAUGAACCCAGCGACCAUGGACAAUGCACAGGUGUGCAAGACCGUCGCUGCUGGUCAGACCCACUUGUGCCCUGGAGAGUUUACGCUGUCCAGGCUUUGCUGCCAGCACUCGGUGGUACAGGCGACAUUUGUGGAAAUCUGAAUUCCCAAGUGAUUUGCCACCUGCGCUGCGGCAGCAUGCGGCCAUCAUUAGACAUGCUGCACCAGAGGUGUCUCCGCACAAAGCUGUCUUUACAAUUCACGCCUCACAGAGGAUUUGGGAGAUUGCCAUCGACCUUUGUGCUCGCCGCGCCAUCAAUGAUUUGGCUGCGAACAUCAUAUACAGAGCUUUGGCAGCUUUGGAUUGUACUGACUGGCAAGAGUACAUUCGGAGACAGGAAGACUUCCGGCAAGAUCUUUUCACUGCCUGCUCCAACCUGUUCGAAGUCCAUCAUGUCCAUGAAGGUGCUGAAUGUAUUUUCGGUGUCCUAAAUGAAAGCACAUUGAGGUCUAUCUCUCCAGUCAUGAAGACGUCGAAGCGACAGCUAUUAAAGAAUUGGGUAGUCGACAUCAUCGAGGAGUGGGUGCUUCUGCACCAGGAAUCCUUUAGCCGUAUCAGUGCGACUAAGCUGCUUGAGGUGGUAGGUCCUGCUGCUUUCGUUCAAUUGAUUCCGCGGUUGGGUAUAGGUGUCCAUGCACUUCAGCCAGAUGACUUGGAAGUUUUGUUUCAUCACUUGACGGAGGAUUGCCGGGACAUGUUUGGUGCCAUUCGGAUCGGACUGUCCUUCCUCCCUUUGGAAUCUUUGAUGGAACCGCAGGGCGGCUCAGGCUGGUCGCUGAGGAGGGUGCUGAAGAUGAUCGAGGAACGACGUAGUGAGCAUGGGCUUCGCUUUUUCUUGGCGCACCUACCUGUGGAAUUGCUCAUGCAGGCGUUGUCCGUCUUGAGAGAACGUGACUUGGACACAGGCUUGUCACGGAACCCAUGGUCUUUCUCGGCAAGCCUUUGCAUUGAGGCUGAUUUUCGAACAGGGAGGCCAAUGUUGCCAAACCUUCCUGCUGUUUGGCCCAUGCAUGCUCCUUCCAUGCAAGCUCGUCCGGCUUUGGCUCCAAUAGAUGAGGAUGAAGAGGUGCCCAAGAGGCAACGGAUGUGGCUAACGGAUGGUGAGUUUAUGCCGAUUUGGAUGACCAGACGCAGACCGAAACCACUCGCUGGCUUGGCGCCACCAUCACGGCUACGGGACUCUUCGUGGCCACAGCUGGCAUUUGAUCCACACCUGGCGCUUGCAGAAGAUAGAGAGGAGAGAGGAUGCCGAAGUGUCGAUGCAUACCAAGUGCUUGCUCAAGCUGAAGCAUCCAAUGAUGUGGCCCUUUGGGAACCAAGCUCAAUGGAGGAAUCAAAUCUGCUGCGCCAAGCAGAGGCACUGCCAUCUCCUUCCGCUACGCUGCCGCUCGAUGCAAUCCACUUUGUUGAUUCAGCUCAAGGUCUCUCUCACGUGCUGACGUUCUUCCAGCAGGCGGCCCCCGAAUACAUUGGCAUUGACCUUGAGUGGUCUGAUCCACAGCCAGUGUCUAUUAUACAGAUAGCAACGCCGAGCCGAGCUUUUGUCCUGGACUGUGUGAACCGAACGCCUCUAUAUAUGGCUGUUUUGCAUUGCUUGGUGGAAUACCUCUUAAAGCGGGAAAGCAUUACGAAGCUCUUUUUUGGAUUUCCACACGACCUAAUUCGCUUGAACAUGUUGUUUGGACCCUUUGGCCGCACAUUUGGCAGCCGAGACUACCUUGCCAGUGUCUUGGACUUGUACAUGCAGCGAGUCCGCAGAAUAGAUGUCAAGAAGCCACGUGCAGAGGACACGCCUUUGGGACGUGAGAUGCUUAUGGGAGAAGCUCUUAAGGCAGACGACUUGGAAAAGAUUGGGAGACUUGGAGAAGAUCCUUUACCUCCCUAUCCGCUGGAGGAGCAUUCCGAGCAAGUCUUCACAGUUGGUGGCCAUCAAUCCUUGUCUCGAUUAGUCAACACUUAUUUGGGAGAGUCUUUGAGCAAGCAAUACCGUGUCAGCAAUUGGAACUUCCGCCCGUUGAGCACAGUUCAGGUGGGGACAAAAAUGUGUGAAAGUGUCAUUGCAAACCGAACUCUAUUAUCAUAGAUUUUCGGUACACAACAUCUUACAGGUGAUCUAUGCUGCAACGGAUGCGCACGUGCUGUUGCGCUUGGAAGCUGCAAUGCGCAAGCAGCAGGUAUUGCCGCAAAGAACCUGGGGUGUUGCUUAUCGAGACAAGCAUCAACCUGCAUGGUGGCGAAGCGAACCAGACUCGUCGAGCCAUGCAAAAGAGAUUCUGUCCUGCCCACGCUUUAUUGUUCUCUCUGUGGAUUUUCGGUGAUGCAACAUUUAUUGAGCCUGGAAUCAUUGAUCCUGCA